AUGGGUCGUCAGAGUUGCAGACCAGCUCCAGACGUCUACAUGAAGGGGAGACACCAGGGGAGACACCAGGGGGACACCGUGCCCAGUGUCCACAGCGCCACCGUGCCGCCCAAAAUGGUGUUGUCUCUCCCUGGUGCCUCUCCCUGGUGCCUCUCCCCGGUGCCAUCCCUGGUGCCUCCCCUGGUGUCUCCCCUGGUGUCUCCCCUGGUGUCUCCCCUGGUGUCUCCCCUGGUGUCUCCCCUGGUGUCUCCCCUGGUGUCUCCCCUGACCUCAGAUUGA